UCUGACUGUGACUCUGUGUGUGUGUGUUAGUUACACUUACAACAACAACAUCCAUGGCUUCCUCUAGCUUCCAACACAAUCACCAUUCUCCUUCAACUGUGAUCAGUUUCUUCAUGAUUGUUCUCACAGAAAGCCUUCAAAAUGGAAUUCUUAAGCUACCAAACAAGUUUAGUAAGAAAUAUGGUAAUGGUUUUCCGAAUCCAGUGUAUCUGAAGCCUGCAGAUGACACUGAAUGGAAAAUAGUUUGGACUAAUAAAGAUGGUGAGAUUCAGUUUGAAAAGGGCUGGAGAGAGUUUGCUGCAUAUUACUCUCUUGAAAAUGGCCAUUUGUAUGUGGUUUGA